AUGUCAAAAUCUGCUCUUUGGAAGGUUGUGGUUCCUGAGCUUUUCGGGGAAUCUACAAGCGGGGCUUCUAUGGCAUAUGCAACUAAAACAUUGGAAUCCGGCUCUGCUCCCAUGUAUGAAUCUCUAUUCAGCAUAAAGGAUCUGGCACAGUUUGGAAGUAUGGGUCUAGGAACAACGUCGAGACGAGAAUACGAUCGGCUACGCUCGCAAAGUCCGACAUCAAUUCGAGAAUCUCUUCGUCUGGACGCGUACUGA